AUGCCAAGCCAAGGGAAGCUCGGGCCAACCUAUGUCUCAGUAGCUGCCCGAGAAAGGACCACUCAAUCCAGACAGGUUCUCGCAACUGCCUUUCAAACAGGACCUCGAGAGGCAAGCCAUGGAAGGCUUCCAACUGAGAUUCAUGAAGAGAGGACCCGUGUCGAGCCUAUGAAAGAGUAUGCCCGAGUGGAACUGAUAAGAUCAAAAGACCCGACAGAGCAGGAAGUGACCAAGUGCAGUUGA